CUCGACUUCGAGGUCAACGCAGGCCUCGCUUUAUACAGCUUACCUCCGUUCUCGAGUGUCUUUCUUUAUAUCCUGCGUCUCUCGUUUUCUGACGAGCCCCAUCAAGAACUCGAGGCGCAACUUCCGCUCCGCGAGUUUUUUUCCUUUUUUCUUCGUUUUUCUACUACCUUCUACCUACUCCCACAACGAAGACUCCCUCGAUAAUUUCGCCUACUCCUCGUCGCUACAACUUUUAAAACGAAUAGCAUGAGCAAAAUGAAAGGCGGAAAAGGUCCUCGACGCUCUGGUGGGACGGAUCGCGGAGGCAUUCGCAAGCGGGGUGGUCCUACACGAGUUGAUCGAGAUGGUGAUAUGGAGAUGGAUGCUGCUGGUGGAGGUGCUCGGGGCCGUGGCAAGAGAACACGAGGCGAUUCAGGCCGCCCCUCAGGCCCUCGGGCUCCUGCGGUCGAUGCGAUCCAGAAGGCGAUUUCCGGCAGCACCACCACCCCCCAGGUCAAUAUCCGACAGGGCGGCAAAGGAAGCAACCUCGAACAAGUCAGCAUCCGUGGAUGGAAACAAAGCAAGGCCGCCUCGAAUCGCGACGGUGGUCACGAAAGCCUAGUCACCUUCCUGGAGAAGAAAAUCAAUGCAACCGACUCGAAAGCUGGCUCGCGCGCAAGAAUAUCAAAGUCGCGGAUUGAGGGGGACACUCUAAUCGUCUCGAUCCGGCCGGAUUUGCUGGACAGGAUUCUUCGUCUGAAUGGGUUUUCUUUCGCUGGAGCUCCUCUCACGGUCGAGAAAUAUGAUGCCAUGACCGAUCAGCCUAUGAUUUCGGACAUUGCGCAAAAUGGCAGCUCUUCAUCAGCUGCCGACACAAAGGCCAAAUUAUCGACUAUCCUCACCAAGCGCUACUUCCAAGAUGCGAAAUUACUCAACCUCUCGGCGCUCGCAACUGACCCUGACCUUAUGGCUAUGGGCAUGUUCAAUACCACGUCGACCGAGUCCAAGUUUUUCCCGGCGCUGAUGAAAAUCUGGGAAACGAAUUUCACCAACUCUGUUGCGAAGCGAGAGGCCGUCAAGAGUGUUAGUCUCUCGGAUAAUCAGCUGGCCAAUAUCUCGGUGGUCACCACGCUCGCUCAGACAUUCCCCGACUUAGAGAACCUGGACUUGUCGAGGAAUGACUUCAAGGACGCACAAGCUCUUAUCGCGUGGCGCUGGAAAUUUAGGAAUCUUGAAUUUCUCGAUCUCACAGGGAAUCCAUUCAGCGCGGAUCCCUCCUUCAAGGACACGAUGCUUAAGUGGUAUCCAAAGCUGCGAAUCUUGAACAAUACGGAAGUCCGCACAGCAGAGGAACUGGCUGCGCAAAAGAAGACGCCAAUUCCCAUCCAGCCUCCGUACUUCCAGGAUCAGUCGCAGAUUGCCGAAAACUUUGUCAAGGCAUUCUUCACCGGCUACGACACUAAUCGUAGUGGUAUCCUAAACAGCGUUUACGACCAAAACUCCACCUUCUCAUUAAACGUGAACGCGACAGCUCCGAGAGCCCAACAAACCGAGACAGCAGGAUGGGACCCGUACAUUAAGAAGAGCCGGAACCUCCUCAAAAUCAAUCAUCUACCAGCUCGAAUGUCUCGAGCCUACCAGGGCGUGGAAAAGAUCCGUGAACUAUGGAACUCGCUCCCGGCAACCCGGCAUCCCGAUAUCGCGGCACACCCGGAAGAAUGGCUUAUCGAAUGCCAUCCCAUGCCGGGACUUCCUGAUCCGACUGGGCAAAGCGCAACAGGUGUUGGUGGUUUACUCAUCAAGGUGCAUGGAAAGUUCGAGGAAAUGAGCACAGGAAAAGUGGAAUUGCGCAGUUUCGAUAGGACUUUUCUUGUCGGCCCCGGGUCAGGUGCAGGAGGCAUCAGGGUGAACAGUGAUAUCCUCUGCCUGCGGGCAUAUGGUGGACACGAAGCAUGGACUGUUGAGACUCCACCAGUGCCUCAAGCGGUGCCUCAAGCAGUUCCUCCAGUACAAUUGCCUCCAGUGCCUCAAGUGCCAGGAGUCCAACCCCCGACUCAACCGGUGGCACCACCCGCAACUCCGGCGGGUUAUGGUUUUCCAGCGCCUGGAAAGCCCGAUGUGCAAGUACAACAAGAACAACUGGUGAUGCAGAUGAGCGCGAAGACCAACAUGACUUUGCAGUACUCUGAGAUGGCGCUCUCGGGUAAUGGAUGGAACGUGGAAGUUGCGUUGAAGAAUUUCGAGGAACUUAAGGCACAGGGACAACUGCCACCGGACGCCUUCCUCCCUGGAACGAUUUAAACCUCCCACAUGCUACUUCGUUCGAUUUCGACAUUGAAUAUUCUCCUCUUUGCGCUAACGGCAAUGCUACUUGCAUUCUACAGCAGCUUUUUACUUUAUUUCUUUUUGGGUUAGGAUAUAUACGGAGUGACUUGCUUUUGCAUGGCUUUGGCGAAUGGACGAUGGCUUCUCAACUUGGAAUUACAGUACUACUAUUAUCUUAUUCAUACAGCCUUAUGAUCAUGUCAAUAUAGAUGGCUACCUUGUAUCAAUUAUACUAAACAAUUUGUUAUCAU